AUGGCGGACGAUUCUAUGCCGCGAGAGGAGAUACUCGGGGUUGUGAUUGGGGCAGUUGCGCUGUUUUCCCUGAUCAGCAUGAUUCCGGUCAUGAUCAUGAGACAUCACCGACGACGCGCCGCCAUACGGGCCAUGGCCGCAGCCCGAGUUCUCCCACCGGUAUAUCAGGUACAGUUGCAGAAUGUGUUGGGCCAACCUGUGUCCGUGGACCGAUGGUUGGAAGAACAGAACGUGCCUGCCAAUGCGCAACAAUAUGGCCAAGAUACUUGGGCUGGGCAUUCGGUCCCUCCGCCCUAUCGGGAUCCGCGAGUUUUCGUGGAGGCGGAUCCAUGCCCCAUCUGUCUGUCAGCACUAUCGUCGUCCCCAUACCUCGCCUGUCCCGAUCCAGCCGUGCUGGCUGACGACCAGCAUAAUCCCAACCCGACUACACGACCAGACCCCCGCUGCAGCUGCGGGGCACAUUCCCCGCCCGAUAGCGAGGUCCUCGUACUCAAUCGCUGCAAGCAUGCCUUCCAUCUAGACUGUCUGAAGUCCUGGUUUGAAUACCGUCGGUAUAAGUGUCCGAUCUGCCAAGCUUCGUAUUCGCCAGAGGAGGAGGCACGAGGAUGA